CACAAACAUGUAUUUGGGAGGCUUUUAACAGAGCGAAUCAGUUGUAUCCGUGAGACCAAAUUCAGGGCACAAAUGUUCCAUAAUCUAAAGCCUGUCCCUCUAGCGGUGGGCUGAGAGUGUGACAGCUUAGUGCUGCAGCGGUGAACCGUUCAGCCGCUUCUUCCUGUCGUUCAGACAGAGGGAGAGAGAGGGGGGAAGGACGCACAAUGGCGACCGUGCAGUGCCCCAAUUGCACGGCCGAAAGGAAAGGGUUUCGGCGGGAACUUGAUUCUUGGCGACACAAACUGAUACACUGCGUUGGAUUUGAAAGCAUUCUGGAGGGAAUCUAUGGCACACUGCUGCUGAGGGACCUCAAUUUAUUUGAUGACUGUGAACCUGAAGAGGUGGAUGACUGGUCUCCAGAAACAAGUUGCUCUCAAUGUUCAUUCUGCAACCUUCCCCUGGACAAACUCAGCAGUGAUCAAGUACCUGCAGCCACGUCGCCCCUCUCCUCCCCCUCUGACUACUCUCCCUGUCAGGCUCCAGCCCUCUCUGAGAGCAGCCAAUCAGCGCACAGGUUCCUCCAAGCUGUGUUUAACAAGAAAGAUGUGUCCCCAGGCUGUGAUUCCAACAUCCCUCGGGUUGCCCAGGAGCUAAUGAAGAAGAUGAUACAUCAGUUUGCCUUGGAGUACGCGUCCAAGUGCCUACUCCACACUAGUACAAAUGGUGUUACAACAAGGACCUCAUCACCGUUGUCAGAAACAUCAGAUGCCCCUCUGGACCUCACAGUGAGCCGAACUGGGGAGGAAAAAGAGAGUGAAAGUGACCCAGAUGGCGUGCUCGACCUCUCCAACAGGAACUCGGCCUGCUUAGCAACUUCAUCAACAUCAUCUAAUCACAAGGCCUCAGGCUCCCAGCUGCUGUCAUCUAUGGAAGAAUCGGGGGACCUGGAACAGCGAGGGACUAAGUGUCGCCAGAGUUCUGCAUUGGGUGUUGUUCUCAGCUCGCUCUGCUCAGCACACCAUUCCUUACUCUACCAGAUUCUGAAGCUGGCACGCCAGGAAAAAUUGCUGUUGUUCCUAAAUCACAGACCUGUAGAUCAAACUGAAUCUCACUGCUGUCAUUGUGGUGUAAACCCACAGGAUAUCGUUACCCCUAAUGCAGUCUCAUUUAGUGAAUGUAAAGCCAAUAACAGCAGCCCAUACUACCCUUUAAUCGAUUGUGAUCAUCAAGGUCAUGGCAGCAUAAUGUAUCAUCCAGGAGACCCCAAAUCCAAUUGUAGCAUCCAUCACUAUCCUUUAACAGACUGUAAAAGUGACGCUCCUCUGGGCUCAAGCUACUGCUGCGUGCAGAGGUGCAGGAUGGAAACCUACACCGUUAUGUGUCCCAAGAGGCUGCACUGCAUUUCCUGCCAAAGCCUGGCUGUAGGUCAUAUCAACAACAGAGUGUGUUCAUUUGCAUCCUCUCCUUCAUUAUCCAAAUCCCCUUCACGAUGCACUCCCUCCUCUAGUUUAUGCCCUUCCUCAUCGAUCUGCUAUAACCAACACAACCCCCUUUCUUGUCCCUGUUAUCUAAACCAUGCCUGUCUGACACAGGUCAGGAAUACAAAAGAAAGAGGGGUUGGAGAUGGGGAUCCUCCUUGUCCUGUACUAACUAGAGAGCAGAGCCCCUCUCCUCCUCCUCUGUCCCCUAUAACCUCAGACAUCAAUAAGAAAACUGAUGAAAAGCCACCCUCCCUCCUUCACCAUAGACAAGAGGUGGAAGCUGACCAAAUGGUUAAAGAUGGUCUCGUGAAUGCAAGCCACCAGGAAGCAGAUGUGGAUACAACUACAGAAGUGGAGCGAGAAUGUAGGACCCCAAAAAGUAGUCCGGCUGAGCAGAACCCAAGUGGGACUUCAUUGCAAGAUGUUGUGAAUCGCUUCAGUGAGAAACUGGAGACAAUUAGACCUAUAGAGAAGGACCCACCUCCCGCUGUUUCCACAGCUGUUAAUGUCUCUGAAAAGGAUCAGCCACAGUGUCCCUCAACCAGUCAGAACCUGCAGUUUCAGGUUGAUGCCCAUUUGACUGAAAUCAUCACCACAGUGCUUCACACAGGCAGUGCUAGUGACUACAAUCUCAGUGAGCUGUUCAAUCGCCAUGAUAGCAAAGAGCCCAAGUCACCUAAUACCCGCUCCCGACGUCGCCAAGAAGUCCUUACUGCUAUAGCAACACCUGCUGAUGAUGCUUCAACCAGAAGGCAAACCUUACAAAUUAAACGGGAGCUUGCCAUGUUUGACCAGUCCUACAGUAGGAGAAAGGUACCACUAGCAAAGAGGGCAAGAUUGAAAGAUGGAAAUAUUACUGUUUCUACAUCACCCACUUCAUCAGAUUCAAACCUAGUUAAAGAGGAGUCUAAAAGAGAAAUGGAGGUAGGUGUUGACCCUGUAGAGAAUCAUAGAGUUAGCGAGGGACCACUGAACAUUCUCACUGCAGAAAGUAACAGGGAUGAAGUAAAAGAGGAGAUACAGACAGUUAUAGUAACAGAAGAAGUUCAGAUCAUUAAAGCAGAGGAGAAGGAAAGGGAAAUAUCCAGUGAGGAAAAGGAUCUUACCCUUGCAAGCACUCAAAAACUGACCCCUGAGCUGCAGAGCAAGUAUGGCAAACAAGGCUCAAAGGGUAACAGUGUACAAACACAGGUGAUGACCGUGACUGCAACCUCAGCAAAACGGUGUAGCAGUCCCCGUAAAGAAGAUGGUGGUGGUGCUGGAAGUGAUAGGAACCUGGAAGAAGCCCCAUCAGGUCAAAGCUCUGACAAUAGACCAGGUAAAGGUAAAAAUUGCUAUAGUCCUAUUAGAGAUAGGCAGAAAUGUCAAUCACACCACUCCAAGGAUGCAAGGAGAUCCAGGAGAAAUAUAGUACCUCCACAGUGGUUCUCCUCAUAUGUGACAGAGCCCAGGUUCUACGUUGGAUGUUUCUCUGAAAGCAUCUUUAACCAGGGAAUGCAAAAGCACAAGGUUUUGACAUCUAGCACCCUAGAUGCCUUAUCCAAAGAUCCAGAUGCUGAGGACACCAAGCUUGAAUCAAGGUCUUCACCUGAGCACACAUUGAAGUUUCCCUUUGAAUCAACCCAUAAAGAACAAUAUGGACCAUCCUACACAGAGUCAAAAGGUCUUUCUACAAACCAGGUCUUUCCGCAAACUUUGGCUGACAAAGAGAAGAGUCCUACAAAACAGAGCCCUGACAAUAGGACAGAUGUCAGCGACUGUGCUGCCAAGCCUUUUGGAAGGCUACGGUCAUCUCCAAAAAGACUACUGGACUCAAAGACCACUUCAAGAAAUCCCCAAAACCCAUCAAAUAUGGAUGUCACCAUGAAGUCUGCUACCUGUGUUGAGAGCCCUCCCAACUCCCAAGUCCAGUAUAUUAGUCCUAUAAAGCUCAUGUUUGUAUCACCAGUAAAGGAUAAGGAAGGGGUCAGAUAUAGUCUCAAAUCAGCAUCUUCUGGUUCGAGUGCACAGGAACCUUUUGACCCAUGUGUAGAGUCUUCAUGGUCAGGGACACUUAAGAAACCCAAAAGCCAGAGAACUAAGUCUGCUACUUCACAAGUAAAAUCCUUUUCUUCACCACUAAAGUCUGCUACCUCACCUGCAAGAUCUACUUCUUCACCAGCCAAGUCAGCACCUUCAUCAAUCAAGUCUGCUUCUUCAUCACCCAAGUCUGUUUCGUCAUCACCCAAGUCAGCCUCUUCACCAGCCAAGUCUGCUUCUUCACCAACCAAGUCAGCCUCUUCCCCAGCCAAGUCUCCAUCUUCACCUAAGUCAGCCUCUUCACCAGCCAAGUCUGCUUCAUCUUCACCUAAGUCAGCCUCUUCACCAGCCAAGUCUCCUUCAUCUUCACCUAAGUCAGCCUCUUCCCCAGCCAAGUCUGCUUCAUCUUCACCUAAGUCAGCCUCUUCCCCAGCCAAGUCUCCUUCAUCUUCACCUAAGUCAGCCUCUUCCCCAGCCAAGUCUCCUUCAUCUUCACCUAAGUCAGCCUCUUCCCCAGCCAAGUCUCCUUCAUCUUCACCUAAGUCAGCCUCUUCCCCAGCCAAGUCUGCUUCAUCUUCACCUAAGUCAGCCUCUUCACCAGCCAAGUCUGCUUCUUCACCCAAGUCAGCUUCAACAUCACCUAAAAUAGGUUCCAGAAGAUCAGGUGAUGGUACUCCAACUAAGCGUGGAGCUGGAGCUGAGAGCCAGAAAUCAUUAGGUGACUCAAUAUCUUUCCAAGAAACCACUCCAAAAAGGCGUCCGGGCCGGCCAAAGAAGCUGGGACCACAGCUUGAGCAAAAGGCAAAGAGGCCAAUUGGUCGACCACGCAAGGAGAAGGCUUUGGAUUCAGUAAUGGGGGCAAAAACUGUAAAUGGAAAAUCUGUUAUAGCAUCUGACGUUAAGGAUAAUGUAAACAGGAACCUUAAAAUAACAGUAGUGUAUGGCCGUUCUAGGAGAAACAAACGAAUGGUGUCUGAGGGCUUUGACCAGCUGCAAACAGAGUUCCAUGCUUGUCAAGCAGUGGGCCUUAAAAGUGACUUGGGCAUUUUAAUGCACAACCCUAAGACCAGCUCAGGUAGUAUCAAAACAGCCUCAACAGAAUUGUCUGAAGAAUUACAUUUUGUCAGUCCUGUAAAAGAGGCUGCCCCUCAAUCUAGCAGUAACAUCAAAUGUCAGAAGAGGGAUGAUUCUGCACCCUCAAGGAAACCAGGUAGACCUGCAAAAGUUAAAAUCUCUGGAAUCUCAGUCACAGUAACCACAGUGUCACCUAGGCAGCGUAGAAUUCAGAUAAAUAAGGAUAUUAGACGAUCUCCUGAAACACUAAUUCAUAAGAAAGUAGUCCUACCAGAAUUCAAAUCUGCCAAAGAGCCCUGGACAAUCAGUUGUCAGUCAACAAGCAAAAGCAGUCAAACAGAAGAAGGCAUAGAAACGGAGGGUGAAAGUAAAGGCAAACUGCCAAACCAGCCUGUAGCAGUGCGUCACUCAAUGAGAGUGAGAAAGCCAUCGAUCCACUUACUGCACGCUGUUGCCACCUCCACCUCUAGAUCAUACAGCCACAGUAAUGCCCUGCUACGGCGCUCCAAACAACUUCUGCUGAACAAGGCUAGCAAUGAAAGGAGACAGGGGGAGCAAAAGAGUAGUUUAGAGACUUCAAGGGAGAAAAGACUGCUCUGUGGACAAGAGAGUAAGAAAAUCUCUCAGGACCUGAGCAGAGUGGCAGAGGUGUCUAUAGACUCAAUCUUUACCCCAAAAGACACGCUAAGGUGGUGGGCAGCAUCAGCUGAGGAAAAUACGAUGAACCAGGAGCUUGCCAGGCGAAUACGACUUAUCUCUGACACUUGGGUCUCAAACACUGUGGAGAACCAAGAAAAAGAAACUGCCUUCAAUUCAAAAAUAGGCACUAAAGGCAACAGUUCAUUUACCAGGAAUUCAAAACAAUCCUCUGUGGUACGAACGCUGUUCGACUGUCCUCUUAACAAACCAAGGUCCUGUAGCAUGCCGCAGCUCUGCUCCUGGUUUAUGCAGACCACAGAGACACAGUCUCUGGCUAUUGUCAAGAAGGCGAGCUCCCGUAAUCCUUACGAAUUUAUGCACUUCCCUCGUUCUGCCAUUAAAACAAGUGUUUGCCACAGUCCUCAGGCAGAGCGACUCCGCAAACACAUCAAGAAAUUUGCCAAAACGGUGCCAAAAAGUCCUUUGCAACAUCAACAGGCUCAAAGAAGGUUGAGGAAAAGAACUGAGGCACUUUUAUCAGUACAUAAGAUUAGGCGUCAACUUUUCACUCCCAGGUUUGCAACAAGCAGACUCAAUCAAGGAGCCCAAUGGUGGAGAAGCAGAGCAUUUGACAAAUACCGGACCACUCUAUUUAGAGCAAGGACAAGGUUCCUAACCCGGAAAGAAAGGGAGAGGUUGCGAAAGAGGCAGAGGAAUAAGAAAAACAUAAAAGUAGCUACAACUUGUUCAAAGGAACAUGUAGUGACUGGACUACAACCAAAACGUAAAGCAUUACGCAGAUCAGCAAAAGAUCAGUUAACUGACCGUAUGGAGAACAGUUCUGCCACCAGUUCUGUUGACCAAACUCAGGAGCCUAUGGAUGUACAAAAAGAGCAGAACCUCUGCUGUAAAGCCUGGAGUCCUGAGACACUCAAGGAAUGUCGGGUGUUUCUGAGAAAGAUCAACUCUCCAGACAAUGAAUCAACUGAGGAAGAGUGGGACUCCUGUACUGUGACACUGGAUGAUGGGUCACCUUCUGCAUACCUCUUUGCAGGAAGGGAGAGAGAACUGGUAGGAGUUGUUAAAGCUGUGAAAACUGAAAGAAAAAUGAGCACAACCUCAAGAGAGCUAGCAGGUUCUGCACCUAAAUCAGUCCAGGAGCAGGAUGAGAUGUCAGUGGGGAGGCAGAAAGGCAAAUACAAAAGUCCUGGGGUUGUGUCUACUGAACCACCACAACCACCACCAGCAAAGAUGUUGAGACAAUCGCGAAUGAGGGGCCUAACCGGGCCAAGAUGGUGCGACUUUGUGUUGGAAAACUAAAUGAGCAUGAAGCCUCCUCCUACCUGGGAAAGGGACUGUGGUUUAACGUGGUGCCUUUGGACAUUGAGCUGACCACGUGGACUGACCAUCUCACUAUGGUUCAGUCUUACACUCAGCAAUUAUGUAGCAGUCUAACUUAACAAAAGCUUGAUGUUGCACUAUUUUUAUCCAUGGAUAUGUAUGUACAGAAAUGUUUUUUUUGUUUUUUUUUUAUUUUAUUGCCUUUGUCUUUCUGAACGCGUAUAGUAGAUCAAAUCAUUACAUUAAACAGAGUUUUAUCGGGAUAAGUACUUAUACAGCGAGCCCUGUCAGUGUGGCUGUAUUGGAAGGAAAGGCAAAGUGUGACUGCAUAAAGACAGUGCCAUCUCCCCCUUAACAUACCUCAUUAUCAAGGCCACCACAUAUUUCAGACAAUGACCUUUUAUUGUGAAUCUUAACCUGAAACCAUAAGAACGUACAGCCCUAAAAUCCCCCCAAAUUAAUUUAAAUGUAUAGUCACUAUAUAUAUAUAUAUAUAUAUAUAUAUAUAUAUAAAUUGCUAAUUUAAGUUUUUUAGAAUUGUCAAAAGUAUAUUGAAAUUGAAUGACACUCUCAAUCCGAGCCUUGUUUGCAAUAUUUUUCUUUGAUGCUUUAGUCACUGUUGUAUUGCAAGCCAGUAGCCAAAAACGUGGUGUGAAUGAAGGACGCUUAUAUAUCCACCAAGCCCCAUUUUUACCCCGAACACUAUCUGUGUAUGGGCCCCACCUAUAAAAUUGUGUAUUGAACUACAGUAAUUGGCCAUCCACCUGUACUUAAACCAAAUAUUUUGUCAUUAUUUCUUAGUAUUAAUGAUAUCUAUUGUCUUGGCACUAAACUACAAUUAACCCACAUGUUCUAAAUGAGUGUGUGUGAAGUGAUGAAGAAAAUGACAUUAUGCAGUGAUAGAAAGUAGAUUCUGAUUCAUUUGUUGGUUUGUGGGCUCUGUCUUGUUUAAUCUUUGAUUUUAUUUAAUUUUUUCACCCAAAACAGAUACUCUGUUGGUGUUGGAUCUACUUCUUGCACUAUCCCAUCUGAGAUUAUUAUUCCCACUACACAGAUUCCUCCCCCAUAUUUUGCACAUUCUGUGUCCCACUACCAACCCUUACUGUAAACUAGAGAAUCUAUUUGGUGCAAUACAAACCCAGAUGAUUUCAGUAUGUAAUAAAUAUUUUAUUGCUGACAGACGAAUGGAUGUACACAAGUACCAAUGGCCUGGGAAGUUGUUUCCAUAGCCAUGUAAAGUGAUUUUAAAGGAUAUCGCUAUAGAACCCCCCCCCAAUCUGCUUCAUUUCCCUCAAUGAAGCAGAAAAACAGAUCCUAGUUAUGAUAGCAUUAGUUUUUUUUCACAAAUGUACUAGCAUUAUUUGCAGUUGAAAUGCAGGUGGGAAAUGUGUUGCUGUUAAAGAGUUUGGGUUUUUUUUUUGCAGCCAGAGACGCCUACCUCCACGGGGGCUCAGCUAGGCCUACUGCUCUUUUGCUUAUCAGGCGUGUGAUAAAGGACAAAGAUGAUCGGUUAACACUAACCUUGGAUCAGUAUCAUGUUAAAAGGGGCAGGUAGAUCCAAGAUGUAUGGCUGUAGGUCAAAACCUAAACCUGUAGUGUGUAUUAUGUGUCUUUACCCUUGUAUGUAUGUCACUGUGGUUGCUGUUUCAACACAAGUGUUGUGGGGUGGCCCAGUCUUGUGAUCAGCGCUCUGUUGAAAAACCUGGUGCUAAACCAACCUGUUGUAUAUUUUUUUUCUUUAUCAUGUUUUUAUACUGUCCAUUACAGAUGCAAAAAGAGGUGUCUGUAAUUGAAACAAUAAAGUCUUUUGAAAUAA